AUCCUAAAAAUAUAAGGAUGCAACAACAAGUGCUACAGCGUAGCAGAGAAACAGCAUCAUCUCAUUAUCCCUUCAGCCCCUAAUCUAUCUAUCUAUCUAUCUUCAAUACUACACUACCCCUCUUUCUCUCUCUGACCCAUUCCCUUUCUCUUUCUCUCUCUACACACAACACAGCGCAACGAAAGAAGAAACAUGGAAACUCCACGCAUCCUCACACCACCCACCCUCUAUUUCUCUCUCAUCGAUGGCCCAGCUGGACCAAAUUUAUGUAGAAGAAAGAAAAACAAAAAAGAAUGGGAAACAAAAGAAAGAGAAGUUAGAUGUGUUCAAAUGUCCUCCAACCAAACCCACCUCACAUCUCUCUCUCUCACCCAAACUAUGUUCCCCGAAUUGCCCUUCUGCAAGCCCCCAAAAAAUCCCAUCUUCAUCACUGCUCUUUCAAAACAACAAUAUUUUUCACCGAGUUAUGUGGGCUUUUUGGGUCUCUUUGUCUUGGUCAGAGUUUCUCACAGAGAAAACAGGAAAGCGAGAACCUUCUUACCCCUUCACCCUUCUCUCUCUCUCUCUUUCUCUCUCUCUCUCUCUCUCUUGCCUCUCUUUUCCUAUAUCUUUCUUUCUCUCACGUUUUGUUCCAUCACCCCACCCCACCCCACCCAACCCUACCCACUCACCCACCCACCUUCUUCUUUCUCUCUAUCUGCCUUUUCCCUUUAGGUUUGCUUCCUUCUCGCCUUGUGGGUUCUCUUGUUUCUCUCCGAUCUCAUGAAGAAGAUGAAAGGGGUUCUCUCCAUGGAGCCUCCUUAUGAGGCCUAUCAGGAUCAGAGAACAAGGUUCAGGCACCAGAGUCUCUUGCAGGAUUAUCAAGACCUGCACAAGGAAACAGAAGCCAUGAGAAGGAAAUUGCAGGCUACGAAGCAGAACAAGUUGAUGCUGGAAGAUGAAGUUAGUUUUUUAAGGCAACGUUAUAAAUACUUGCUAAAACACCCUAUUCCAAAGCAAGAAGUUGUAAAGCCACAAAAGCUCAAAAUCCAAGCUUCCAUCACGGCGAAGGGAAAGAGUUACAAUAGAAAGGAACCUGCUCUUCGACCCCACCCCACAUCUCAUUUUAACCCAAACGGAAGGAGUUGUAAUUUGCCUGAGUUCCCAUUGCAAAAAACUGGCCAUCUGUUUGAUCUAAACCAGAAUGCUAGGAGUUAUAGUAAAAAAGAUGCUGCUAUUCACAGUUCUGCUCCACCAGCACUUGACUUGAAUCACAAAGAAAGGAUUCACAGCAGCAAGGAAGCCGCAAAGAAGAGUGUAACUCCAUUUUUUGACUUGAACCAGAUUUCGAGAGAAGAGGAGGAAUUACAAGGCAACGGUGAGCCUAUGAGGAUCGAAGAACCAAAGAGAAGUACGCAAAGAGUUACGGGGGAGGAGCACAACGAUAUCAAGCUCUCGGCUUGCAGAAGCGUUGGGGAUGGAUCAAAUAGGGCAGGGAAGAGGAAGAUUUCAUGGCAAGACCAGGUGGCAUUGAGGGUUUGAUCUAUAAGGCUGAAUUCCUUUUGUCUGCCUUAAUAUGCAAACACAUUUUUAACCUUCCAUUCUAGUUUUAUGUUUUACUUUGUAAAGAUAAAAGUAUACCUUAUAGAAUCAUAUGUUCAAUAUAUAUAUUAAUUAGAUGAAAUGGAGAAUUCUGUUCCCCUAAAUCAUCUUAUCUUUCAUUCUCCA